AUUCCUUUCCUGUCAAGUAAAAGUAUUUCCCUAUAUAAUUCGGGCCAACGGCUGCGAAGCCAGUAUGGCGACUGCUUCACAUGCCCCAAAGCCCUUUGAAGCUCUGUAUGUCUCGCAGGCAGACCUCGAGGCUUUCCACAACACGCACUUCUCUGCUGCUGCCGCCCAAUUUUUUAGCACCAACUUCCUCCAAUCACUCCCAACAGACGAGCGAUACCACGACGAAACUCUUUAUGAGGUUUACGAGGAGGAGGAACAGGAAGACGAUGGACUAGGCUACUACCCCGAUGGUGUCAAACGCACCCUCACCGACGAACAAAUCGCCAUCUUCCGACAUUCUGAACUUGAAGCUCUCCGACGCGAGGAAUCCAAGGCCGCUAAGGGUAUUGAUUGUUCAAAGGCACCGAAGGGCUCGGAAGAUGAUGGGACACCACACAAACUCGAAAGCGUCCGGCUAGCUGAAGCUGACUAUACAUAUGGAUCUGAAAGCGAAGAGGGGCAGCUGGAUUCAGACACGCCAAAACCGAAGCGGUCGAGCACCUCUUCUAAGAAGAAGAAGAAGCGGAAGAAGCCUAAGCACAAGGUCCAGAAUCAGAAACCUCAAAGGGGCGAUGCGGGAUGGUUCAAGCAAACCAUCAAACCCGACCUACGCAAGAGAACUUGGGAUGUUGUAGAAUCUGGCAUGGACAGCUUAGACUAUGACGAUGAAGCAGGCACGCGUUCAGUUACCGGCUCGGCGGCACAGAGACGAAAGAUAUCGUACGACGACUGAGCCUCUGUGGUUGCAUCCUAUCCUGGCAUUGAAUAAGGUUUGAAUGGAUGGCCACCCCUUGAGCUUGAACCUAUGGGUAUCUGUAUGAAUCACUGUAUGCAGUAAGGUCAGUACAUAACUCUUCACCACCCUAUUCAACCUAUGCAUGAUGAGAACCUAUAUCGUCAUCCUUAGCCGGAAGUCUUGCAAAAGCUCAGUGAAGUCGGCCUGGCCAAUGGAUCUGGAUUUAAAGCAGGAUGUAUGUCGAAUAAAAUAAUCUUCUCUCUGAAAGCACUGAACCACAAAACCCUCUACUAGAAGACUUUGCGACAUCCAGAAGCUAAUUGGC